ACCAAUGUGCAGGAACAAAGUUUCCAGGGGGCCAGUUUACUGCCGUGCUCCUCGCUAGCUAGCCUCUUGUAGCCCUCUAGCUAGCAGUCUGUUUAGUUCCCCUGUCGCCGUGUGUGUUUGUGUUUGAUGAGGUGCGGAGCGCCGAGGAGAUGUGGUCCUUUUUCGCCAGGGAUCCUGUCAAAGACUUUGCUUAUGAAAUACUGCCAGACACCCAAGAGAAGUCUGGAAUAUGGAGUCUGCAGCGGGGGAAGAGGAAGACCAAUGGAGAGCCAGUGUCGGUGUUUCUGUACGAGUUUUCGCAGGGAACAGAGCAGCAAACCCAGCUAGCCAAGGCUGCCUUCAAGCGUAUGAAGACCCUGCGUCACCCUAACAUCCUGGCAUAUGUGGAUGGAUUGGAGACAGAGAAGAGCCUGUACCUGGUUACUGAGCAGGUGACACCCUUGGCAGUCCACCUGAAGGCUCAGGCAGAGAAGGGGGGAUCUGGGGAACUGGAGGUCUCCUGGGGACUGCACCAGAUAGUGAAAGCUCUCAGUUUCCUGGUCAACGACUGCCACCUGCUACAUAACAACUUGGGUGUAUCAGCUGUUUUUGUGGAUCGAGCUGGGGAGUGGAAGCUCGGGGCCCUCGACCAUGUGGCCCCUGAGCAGGGUGACCCAAGUGGGGUCUCACUCCCUACCCCAAAGGCUGUUUACCCAGACAUGGAGAAAUAUGACCCACCAGAGGUGCCCAAUAGCAGUGGAGAGAAAUGGGCAGGGGAGGUGUGGCGGCUAGGCUGCCUGAUCUGGGAGGUGUUCAAUGGGCCACUACCUCGCACAUCCUCCCUUCGUUCACUGGGAAAGAUUCCCAAGGCUCUGGUCCCUCAUUACUGUGAGCUGGUGGGGGCCAACCCCAAAGCUCGGCCCAACCCAGCCCGCUUUCUCCAGAACUGUAGAGCCCCCGGGGGAUUUCUCAGCAACAGCUUUGUGGAGAGCAACCUUUUCCUGGAAGAGAUACAGAUCAAGGAGCCGACUGAGAAGCAGCAGUUCUUCCAGGAUCUGAGUGACAAUCUGGACUCCUUCCCUGAAGACUUUUGCAAACACAAGGUCCUUCCUCAGCUGCUCACUGCCUUCGAGUUUGGCAAUGCAGGCGCUGUAGUCCUCACACCGCUCUUCAAGGUGGGGAAGUUCCUGUCAGCAGAAGAAUACCAACAGAAGAUCAUCCCUGUUAUCGUGAAGAUGUUCUCCUCCACAGACAGAGCCAUGAGGAUACGACUGCUGCAGCAGAUGGAGCAGUUCAUUGAGUAUCUGAAUGAUGCAGCAGUCAAUUCCCAGAUUUUCCCUCACGUUGUUCACGGCUUCACAGAUACAAACCCUGCCAUCAGAGAACAGACUGUCAAGUCUAUGUUACUGAUGGCUCCUAAGCUGAAUGAGACCAACCUGAACCAGGAGCUGAUGCGCCACUUUGCCCGACUUCAGGCCAGAGACGAACAAGGCCCGAUCCGGUGCAACACCACCGUCUGUCUGGGCAAGAUCGCCUCCUACCUCAACGCAGGGACUCGACAGCGUGUUCUGAUUUCUGCCUUUUCACGAGCAACUAAAGAUCCCUUCCCAGCUUCUCGCUCCGCCGGUGUCCUGGGCUUCGCCGCCACACACAACUUCUACAGCGUAACAGAGAUUGCCGCCCGCAUCCUCCCUACCCUCUGUGCCGUUACUGUUGACCCCGACAAGAGCGUCAGGGACCAGGCAUUCAAAGCCAUCAAGAGUUUCCUUUCCAAGUUAGAGACUGUGUCAGACGACCCCACCAAGCUGGCGGAUAUAGAAAAGGAUGUAGCGUCCUGUGCUCAGCCUGCAGGUGCGUCUUCCAGCUGGGCCGGCUGGGCUGUGACCGGCAUGUCCACUAUAACUUCUAAGCUGAUCCGCAACACUCCAGGGACAGAGGGCAGCGCUGCAGCUGAAGACAGCGAGCCCGCCAAUGCCACCAGCCCUACCAGUGUCACAGAUGGAGCACCUGCACCUGGUCCUGAAGAGAAAACUCCUAAAGCCCCUGAGACUCACCACGCUGCCUCCAGUCGUGCCAACCCAUCACAGACUCAUGAUUUAACGGGCAAUGAUGACGAGCCAAUAGGAGACCGCUGGGAUGAGGAGGAGGACUGGGGAAGUUUGGAGGCGCCAGAGAAAACUAACACAGAGCCAGAUGACUGGAACACCGACUGGUCAGGAACGGCAUCAUCCAAAAAGAAAGCCAGUGACAAAGGAGUGGGUCGGUCGUCCUCCUCCAUGGCGGUGAAAAAGCAGAGUGCAGACUGGAGCAGCUCAGGCUGGGACGCAGACGACAGCUGGUCCAACGAGAAGGAAGGGCAGGGUCAGAGCUCUGCGGGCGAAGAAGGCUGGGGCAACGACUGGGGGGAGGAGGACACGGACACAACCUUGGCCGGCGCGACGCUCCCCGUGCCAGAAGGAGUGCGGUUAGCCAGCGAGUACAACUGGGACAGCAGCAGCUCAGCCACCAAGGGGGCGGCUCAGAAUGAUCUGUUCGCCAGCGUGUCCCAGAGAAACACCGCCGGCACUGCUGCCCCCACGACUGGGGAUGGCUGGACUGCAGAGGCAACAGGAGACUGGGGAGCUGAAGAGUCAUGGGAGUCAGUAGAUGGGAACCAGGGUCUCAGCAAGGCCGAGGUUUCCAAGAAGAAACGGGAGGAGAGGAGGAAAGAGCUGGAGGCCAAACGGGCAGAGCGCAAAGCUGCUAAAGGUCCUCUCAAACUGGGCGCACGCAAGCUGGACUGACAGGGAGGCAAAGACAGAUUUGAGGGCUGGGGUGGGGUGGGGUGGGUUGGGAGGAACAUGAACCACAGUGACUGGACCCAGAGCAGCUAAUGGAGGCUUGAUAUUCCACAAACAAAUGACCGGAAAGAACAGUCAGAAGAAAACAUUACUGUUAGCGAGUACAUUUCUCUUCAUUCAGGAACUGACGGAUGUGUGGAGAAGCAACAAUCCAGUCUUUUAUGAAUGCGUUAUUGUGGUUGGCAGAGCUGAAACAAACACAGAGACAGAAAUGUGGAAAAGCAGCACAGAGCAGCACUCCCUGCAGCCUGAGGUGAUCACAUAACCUGUCCUCCUCUGUUUUUUUGUUUUUUUUUAAAUACAUAACAUAUAAAGUUGCAGUUGUAAAGUAAAUGUAUAUAAAUGCUGCGUCUUGUCUUAAAAUGACAUGAAGAAAUGACCCUUUUUUUUUAAUUAAGUAUAUAUAUAUAUAUCAAUAUUUCAAAAUCAUACAUGUAUUAUUAAAGUGAAUGUUUUUACACACACACACACACACGCACACAGUGGAUAUGAAUGUUUUAGUUCAGCUGUCACUUACAGAUUUAAGACUUUAAAUCAAUACAUGCAUGCACUUGUGUAUUUGUAUGGCCUAACAAUAGGUUUCAUGGCACACAAUUCCAAGUAUGUUGUGUUUACUUUGCACAUUCAACACUGCAUUUUACUUUACUGAACUGGCCUGACGGGUGACACAUUUGACUGGUUUGUUAAUGUGUCACAUGCACUGCAGACACAUGAUGGAAAUAGGCAGUUAAAUUGAUACUGGUGGACUGACUCAAUGGGAAAUGUAUUUAUGCGUUUCCCUGCCUUUUCCCCCCGUGUGUCCUAGUAGUGCUGUGGUGGAGGAAAUUAUGAGUUUUAUUUUGAAAUCUUUUGAAGGUACAUGUUCACUAAAACUUUUUGGGAUCAUCUGAGCAAGUAAGAUCAACCCAUCAGUCAUUUUUGUACGUUGUGGGUGUGGUCAGGGUGAAGGAGUUCCCCUAAACGUUCCUUUUACUCUGUUAUUUGUGCCUUUAUUUAAUAGAACAGAUCUGCUCUGUAGGAUCACUUUCAAAACCUGAAAUGUCUUCCCGCAAGCAGAUUCUGUGUUUUCAUCAAACCUUCCAGUAUAACCCCCACACCUCCUGUCUGUGUCUGAUGUGGUAUUGUUCGGUUUGGUGUUACGUACCAUGCAAGGAGCUCUUUUGACACAAUCAAAAGCCAUCACCUUUGGAGCUAAUGUCCUGGUGUGAGGUGUUCAGGUCAGGUAAGGAGCUAAGCUGUGUUUGGUUCAGAUUGACUGAAGACUGGGUGCGUCCUUCCACUGAUAAUCCAAAUCAUGUAGCAUGUGAGCUGUUCUAAAAAUAAAGAUAAGAUAUACAAAUGUAUGUUUGAGCCUUAUAUU